AACGGACAGAGAUAAAGCGACAGAGUGCAUGUUAGAGAAUGACACCACCAGACAUUACGACAGUGCCAGUGUGGACAGACCGAUCUCUGGCACUGCUCGGGAAAUGUCAGUCUUCGAGGGUGGGGAAUCGACGCUACUGUUCCCGUAGUUGAAUAGAGAAAAGGGGGGAUAUUAAAAAGAGAAAGAGGACUAUCUACCAACGGCGGGGAAGUGGAUGCAUCGUUCUGUCUCCCGCCCACACCGGAGGGCGAGCAUGCCGAGUGGAGAACAAGUGUAAGACUUCGCCGAGACAGUAUGUGUUCCUCGCCAAGACGUUCCCCCGUGACCCCCACCUCUCGAACCUCCGUCCUCCCUCAUCAUCUCCUUCUGCUGCUCCUCCUUCUGUGCACGCGAGCCUCCUCCUCACCCAGCCCAGGGCCACCGACGUCGCCCUUGCCUCACGAAAGGCCCUGGGGGGAAGAACACCUCGGGGGCGGAGACGCGACAGUUUCUUCUGACGGAGAUGAGGGGGGCCGCGUCUUCUCUCAAGGUGUCGGAGUACGGAGUUCUGAGUGGUUCGUAGAGGAACCAACGUUGGACAUCAUAACAAGACCAAUAAUAAGUAUGACUGGCCGAUCCCAUGUUACUGUGGAGUUUAGGAAAGACAAUCAUCAUCUUUUGGUUGUUAUGCACCCCACCAGCGACCUCUUGGCCGAAACCUACCGGAAACCCGAAAGCGGAGACCCUGAGGACCCGAGGCGCAGACAGGAGUGCGACUUCCAAGGGACGGUCACGGACCUGCCGGGCUCUUGGGCGGCCCUGACCCUCUGCGGCGAAGUCAGGGGCGUGGUGGUGGUAUCCGGCAGGGAGCUUCUCGUGGAGCCUCUGCCAGGGACAAGGAACCCCGAGGGCCCCCACAGGAUCUUCUCGAGGGAGCAGGUGGAGUCUGUUCCAGGGAAAUGUGGAGUCAACACAGAGCACGAAGAGAGCGAAGAGAAACCCGACAUUCCGCCAGCUUCGCACAGGGUGCGUCGCGGGGCGCUGCACGGGCCCCUCUGGACGGACAAGCUGACCCGCUUCGUGGAGGUGGUCCUCGUGGCCGACAACAGCUUCUACCGCAAGUUCGGCGACAAGGUGGAGGCUCGCUGCCGCGCCAUGGUCAACAUCGUGAACGCGAUGUACCGCCCUCUCGGCGUCGUGGUUGUCCUCACCGACCUCAUUGUGUGGGACGACUCCGACAAAAUCGCAGUUACAAACAAUCACGAAGACCUCCUCGCCAGAUUCACGGCCUACCGACGAAAGCUGCUUCAGGAUAGGCCUAAUUUACCCAAUGACAACACUGUGCUGUUGACGAGAGUGGAUUUCGUGGGCUCAACCGUCGGGUAUGCCACCGUGAGGGGCAUGUGCAGCAAGAACUCCUCCGUGAGCGUCGUGCAGGACAAGAACGACGCCGUGGGCAUCGUUGCACAGACGGUUGCGCACGAGAUGGGCCACAACCUAGGCAUGCAGCACGAUGAGGACGCGAAAGAUUGCACGUGCGAAAGUAGCAAGUGCGUCAUGGGAGAAACUGGCAGCAGCGCCUACAACUCCAGCAUGGGUUGGAGUUCCUGCAGCAAGAAGUACCUCGCUCAGAGCUUCUCCAGUGCCGGCUUCGACUGCUUGAAGAACGUCCCGACGAAGAUUUACCCGCGUCCUGGCUGCGGCAACGGCGUGGUAGAGAGUGGGGAGCAAUGCGACUGCGGGCCUGCGGAGUUCUGCGACAACCCCUGCUGCGACCCCGACACCUGCAUGCUGGCUGUGAACGCCACCUGCGCCUCGGGGGCCUGCUGCGACACGGAGACCUGCAAGCCCCUGCCAGUCGGGUCCUUGUGCCGGCAAUCCCUGUCCGAGUGCGACCUGCCAGAAUUCUGCGCCGGGGACUCCGAGUACUGCCCCGCGGACGUCUUCAAGCGGGACGGGGAACUGUGCUUCGAUGGAUUGGGUCACUGUCACAGGGGAGAGUGCGGCAGCCACGAGCAGCGCUGCAGGACAGUCUGGGGGCCGACGACCUCCAGUGCUGAUGAAAAGUGCUACAAGUACAACACUCACGGCAGUUCGAACGGCAACUGCGGCUUCAGGGACAGCAGUCUGAACGAGCUAAAGAAGUGCAGUGAGAGAAACGCCCCCUGUGGCACCCUGCACUGUCUCCCAGCUACAAGCAAGCCCAUGCUCACGGGCACUUAUCACUACGGGUACUUAGGCAAGUGCCACUACGUCUUGGCAUCGAUGCACAUACCCAGUGCCUUCUGGUUGGUUCCCGAUGGCUCCAGCUGUGGCGUGAACAAGAUGUGCGUGAAGCAGAGGUGCGAGGACAUCGCAGAACCUGACGGCGUCUCUCAGUGUCCCAACGGCUGCUCUGGCCACGGCGUGUGCAACAGCAACAACAACUGUCACUGCGACCCCGGCUUCGGCCCCCCGGACUGCUCAGGCUUUGGCUUCGGAGGCUCCUACGACAGCGGGCACAUGGAGGAACCCCGAAUGAAUCCGGUCCUGAAGGCCAUCAUCGUCAUGUUCUUCCUCUUGCUGGCCAUGGUCAUCAUCUUCUGCUGCAUGUUCGACUUUCUGCGCAGAUGGUGGGAGAAACGGGGUCGAUCUCGCGUCAGAUCCAGCGUCCCUUGUUGCGCCUCCUGCAUCGACUCCUGCUGCUGCUUUUUCAUGGCAAAGUUCACUCACUGGGUCGUGUCCGCCGGGCCCCUCGGGAAGGAGAAGCACGCGGUUCACCGUCAAGUCGAGGCGAAAGAGGGAGGGGACAGGACCACAAUCUGUCAAGUGGACGUCGAUUUCAACAAGGACCUGUCCAAGACGAACACGUGGGGUGUCGCCGAUGACAAGCUGGUGACUGACAUCGUCACGAUCACGCCGAAGAACUCUCCUGACCUUAGGAGGAAGGUUCAGCUGCCUUCGGACUCUCCCGUUCUCUACCACAAAUCCAAUGAAGGUCUCGAUCGCCCCACGUACCUCCAAUCGCUCUCGGUCGACUCGGGCUGCGUCGUCGACGACGAGGAAGUGAUCACGAAGGAACCCGUGUCGUCGCAGAUGUCGAUGACGAGUCUGGUGAGCGCCCUGAAGAAGUUCAGCCCGAAGUCGUCCAAGACCCCGGAUCGGGAGGCGAGCCAGCCCAAGUUCCCCGCCCGGAAGACCUCCAAAACACCCGAACGCGAGAUUCAUCGGCCGCCCUACGUCACGCAGAAGUCCAUGCCCCUGAGCCGCUUCGUCGUGGAUCCUCUCGCCGGAAAUCGAAACUCGCGGCAGGGCACGCCUCCUCCUUUCGAUGAGCCGCCGCCCAACUACCGCCGCUCCGUCUCCACCGACGUCGUCUCCGCCUGCGGGACCAAGACCCCGGAAGCCCGUCCCCGCCCCCCUCCGCACACCCUCAAGCCGCACAAGAGCGAAGACAACAUCCACCGAGCGCCCACGACGAAGGACAACCCCUUCUUCCCCCCGGACAAGGUCAUCGGGAGGCCGAGCCACUCCAAGGAGGUGUCCUCGAGUGAGAACAGCAGCGAGUCUCUCGACGGCAGACGCAGACAGCCCGCGACGCCGAAGAAGACCUCUCCGGUGAGGGCAGCGCCGCCACCGCCUCCGCCAACUCAGAAGAAGCCCAAGGACUCUCCCAAGAUGCCUGUGCUGCCUCCUGGGGCAAGGAGACCCUCGCCGCCGGCGGGACCUCAGAGAUCGGGUCCCAGCGCCUCCCUCGGCGGCGAAGCCCGCGAAUCCUCCGGCCUCUGGCGGGAGCGUCAAGGACCUGAUUCGCAGGAUGGAGACCAACUGACGAGGAGGCUCCGCGGAUGGCGAAUCUUAAGAUCACACUCGGUAUCACUGUACAUACAUACAUACAUACAUACAUUUAUGAAUAUAUAUAUAUAUAUAUAUAUAUAUAUAUAUAUAUAUAUAUAUAUAUAUAUAUAUGUAUGUAUGUAUAUAUAUGAUGUGAUGGAACUGCAAAGGAUGCAUGGAUAUAUCUGCAACCUCCUUAUGUGCCUGUGA